AUGAAAGGCGACUGGCGAUACUACUUCACCGAUUACUUCCCCUCGGACUGGCACUGCGACCGAGGAGUACUCACUCAGCUUCAUCUUAAUGUAUUAGAUGACAUCACCAACCGGAUCGCCCCAAUAUUACACGACCCAUUUUCCAAAGGUCCACCAAAGGCGUCCAAAAACCAGCAGUCAUCACUGAUGAUGACGAUCCCGUUGGACACCGAAGCCGAAGGACCGUUAGUGCUAGAGCCUGAACCAGGAUGGAAGCUCUUCCACCACAUGGACACGAGCAUCGACAUCGCAUGGACCGACACGAAGCAGCCGGGUCGGAGAGUGAACGUUACGUCGAUCAACGUCGAGAGGGGCGUUUCGGUGAGCGCUAACACGGGCGCCAUUGACCUCGCUCUGCACACUCCGUACGUUAAACUUCCAAACGAUGUGUAUGAGUUUCUGGCUAAGUUCGCGAAACCUGAACGCUUCGACAUGGGUCGGGACAUGGAAUCAGUCGACCUUGUGAGCUGCAACUCUACAUCCACCUUCCCAAACAUCAAUCUUCAGCUUGAAGGCGGCGCGCAACAGAUUAUCGUCAAGCCUUCACAGUAUGUUCUCCGUAUCAGCGAAAGUCUAGGUGGUCCAUUCAGUGGGAAAUGCGUGCUGCUCGCCAAGAGAGGAGGAGAGGCGGAAAUCGGGUAUGCGGCGCUGAGAGGCAAGACAGUGUGGUUUGACUGGGCGAAUGCGAGGACGGGAUUCCAGACUUGA